GAGAUGGUUCAACGGUAGACCAGACCGUACACGCCGCAGCCUCUAAUUCAGGGCAACCAGACUCCUAAUGACCCCUCUCUGCACGCCCUUCUGCAAGUCCCAACCUGGAGCUGAAUUCUUCGAGUGAAGAGAAAGUUUUAAAACGAAUCUGCCCUGGGUACAAGCAGGCGACCAAGCGAGGGCAAUAUUUCGGUGGCCACAGACCAGGAAGGCAGAGAGAGACACACACACACAGGAACUACACCCCAACUGAAGGGGGUUGCUUCAUACUCCCGAGACAGAACAUUGCCUCGGGACGCCUCUGGGGCAAGUUGAUUCAUUUGCUGGUGGGAGUGUGUAUUUUCCGUGAAAGCAGUCAGCUCUGUCCAAUUGAAUGUUGGAUUGAUCCUGGCGGUGAUGCUGAGUGGAGUCACGGAGGCAUUUUGAGGCUGAGUAAGGUGUGUGUUCACUCGGUCUGUAGCAGAAGCGUCACACGAUUGCCUUACUCGACGGAAACUGCAGUUGGUGACGCCCUGCAGCGCAAACGAGCCCAGGAACACAAGAGAGAACUUUUAAUAUCAACGCUUAUCCCGACCACGGAGGUCUUACUGCUUUAAACUCUUGACAAGCGACUGAAGGACUACCUGGAUUCUGCGUUCACUGGUAUGCUGGAACAUGGCCCUGGGUGGCAUCAAGACGGCCAGCGGGGACUACAUCGACGCCUCGUGGGAGCUGAAGAUCGCGGUCGAGGAGCUGGGCCCCGAGGCAGACCCCAUUACGCUGCGGGUCACGGGCGAUGUUCACAUUGGCGGUGUGAUCCUGCAGCUCGUGGAGAAAAUUAAUAUCAAGAAGAACUGGUCCGACCAUGCGCUGUGGUGGGAACAGAAGAACAGCUGGCUUCUCAAGACCAACUGGACCCUGGACAAGUGUGGCAUCCAGGCCGACGCCAAGCUGUUCUUCACCCCCCAGUCCAAAUCGAUCCGGCUGCAGCUCCCCAACACGAAGACGGUCAGGCUCAAGGCCAGUUUCUCCAGCCCCCUCUUCCGGGCUGUGAUCGGCAUCUGCGAAAUACUCGACAUCCGGCACCCCGAGGAGCUGUCCCUCCUCAGACCAGUGGAUGACCCCAGUCAGAAGAAGAAGAAGAAAGACCAGGAGAACGAGCAGGAGGAGGUGGUGGACCUGGAGAAAUUUGCGUUGCCUCAGGGCUCAAAGAACCAGCGAUACCACCACCCGAACGGAGUGCACUACCUGCGCGAGACGGAGGAGGGGGAGGCUGGCUACCGGAUCCUGGCCGUCAGCCAGCCCAACGUGGCGCCCGAGGUGCUGGCGAAGAUGAGCCGGCCCAGCUCCGUGGUCGACAAGGCCCAGAUCCACAGCAGGUGGCUGGACUCCUCCCGUUCGCUCAUGUCUCAGGGUAUCAAGGAGAACGACCGGCUUCUGCUGCGCUUCAAGUAUUUCAGCUUCUACGACCUGGACACCAAGUACGACGUGGUGAGGAUUAACCAGCUGUACGAGCAGGCCAGGUGGGCGGUCCUUCUGGAGGAGAUCGAGUGCACAGAGGAGGAAAUGAUGAUGUUCGGAGCUCUGCAGUACCACAUAAACAAGUGCUCGCAGUCGGGGGAUAUCGAGGAAACCCAGAAGGACUCAGACCUGGAUGAGGUGGAGGCCGCACUUUCCACUCUGGAGGUGAAGCUGGAGGGAUCGAACCCAAAGGAUGUCCUGGACAGCAUCACCUCGAUUCCGGAGCUACGAGACAACCUCAAGCUCUUCAGGCCCAAGAAGCUAACACUGAAGGCCUACAAGCAGUACUGGUGUAUAUUCAAAGAGAUGACAGUAUCCUGUUAUAAAAAUCCAGAGUCAUUUGGCGAGCCAAUUCACCAGAUGAACCUCAAAGGUUGCGAGGUCACUCCCGAUGUCAACAUCAGCGCCCAGAAGUUCUGCAUCAAGCUCCUGGUCCCCGCCCCGGAGGGGAUGAACGAGGCUAUUCUGCGCUGUGAGAACGAGGAGCAGUACGCCAAGUGGAUGGCAGCCUGUCGGUUAGCGGCCAAGAGCAAGACCAUGGCGGACAGCUCGUACCAGAGCGAGGUUCAGAACAUCCGCUCCUUCCUGACCAUGCAGAGGACCAACUCCAAUCCGCAGGCAGCCUCCGAGGCCGGGGCCGAGGACAUCAACACCAGGUCCCUGGUGUCCCACCGUUACCAGAAGAAGUACAAAAUCAAACAGUUAACCCCCCGCAUCCUGGAGGCCUACCAGAACAUCGACAAGCUCUCGCUCAUGGAGACCAAGAUGAAGUUCAUCCAAGCCUGGCAGUCCCUGCCGGAGUUCGGCCUCUCCUACUUCGUCGUCAGGUUCAAGGGCUGUAAGAAAGAGGAGGUGCUGGGCAUCGCGCCCAACCGCCUGAUUCGCAUCGACCUCAGCGUGGGCGACGUGGUGAAGACCUGGAGGUUCAACAACAUGAGGCAGUGGAAUGUCAACUGGGACAUCCGACAGGUCGCGAUCGAGUUUGACGAAAAUAUCAACAUUGCCUUCAGCUGUGUGACGGCCGACUGCAAGAUAGUCCACGAGUAUAUCGGCGGCUACAUCUUCCUGUCCACCCGUGCCAAGGACCAGAACGAGACCCUGAAUGAGGAACUCUUCCACAAACUAACCGGAGGACACGAAGCACUCUGAUCAGCUCUGGCUGGGAGGCACCGCUCUGUCACAGACGCCAAGAGGACUCACGGAGCGUUGAGAGACUGAAAACAGUGGUUUCCUUUCAACUCUGCUAACUAAAUUAAUCUCACUAAUCCAGCAAGCAGCACGGCGCACAGCUUCGAGGGCGCAGAGUCUCUGUGCUUCCAGAGGGGGUGGGGGGGAGGGGAGCUUUGAAUAUUUCUUUGCGGUUACUGUGGUGGGAAGUUCAAGACCCAUCCAAUGCUCUCGCCGACUGAAUAUUGGUUUACUGCCAGCCCCGUUUCCCCCGACGCUGUUGGGCUGCCUUUUGCUGUGAGAUGUCCGUGCUACCAACACCCGAACGUCUUCUAAUCUGCUCACCUCCUGCCUUUUCCCCUCUUUUUCUCAACCUAUCCUUCUCCCGGGUUACACAGCUGGUAGAGGUCUGCACACCUAGAACUCCUCUCCUCUUUCUGUUCUCUCUCUUACUCUGCCUUCUUCAUCCCAACUUUUUUCCUCGCUUCCUCUCUCGCGCUCUCUCACUCCUUCACCCCUCUUUUUCUCGCUCUCCCUUCUUCAUCCCUCCUUUUUCUUUCACUUUCUCACUCUUGCCUCUCUGUCUCUCUCUCUCUGCCCCUUCACCCAUUACCACCCCUCUCUCAUUUCUCCUCCCCUUUCUCCCUCCGCGACCGAGACAGCAGCAAAAGGCCAUUUCUCCGGGCCUCGUCCCAGUUCUCUCUGUUGCUGGGAGGCAAGUCAGUAUCGACAGACCUGCCAGCGCCCAUUGAAAGAAGGGGCACCCCGAGUUUGGUCUGGGUGGUCAGACGUGGCCUCGGUCCCCUGCUGGGGGCAGGCAGUACCGGGUCAGGGUCCCUGGGUAAACAGCCCAUGGAACCAGCAGCCUGGACCCAGUAAACCACCACUCCCCCCCCUCCCCCCAGGGGGAGGUGGCAUUGAAACCGGAGUAAUCCACCUCGAUCUCUCUGCGGAAAUGUUCUGAUGCUGGGCAGCAGGAGUGUGAGAGGGGAAAGGACCAAUGGAACAGGAUCCCUGUGUAACUCGGUGAAUAACUUCAUCUCUCUACUUGCUGGCUCACCCACUGGAGGCUGAAUUGAGCUCAGGUUUAAUUUGGGAAGCCCAGCCACUCAAUCCAGUGACCAUUAACUUUAGCAUGCAAUCCCAGUGUGCCAUAUCUCCACCCACCAUCCACACUCCCAAUAGGAUCCCACUCCUUCCCAUUCACUCCCACCGUCUGCACUCCCAAUGGGACCCCACCCCUUCCCAUUCACUCCCACCGUCUGCACUCCCAAUGGGACCCCAUCCUUACCCAUUCACCCCACCGUCCACACUCCCCAUGGGACCCCAUCCC